AUGGCUACAGGUGGAUAUAUCAAUACACAGCAAUAUAUACGGGUUUCUGACAUUGCAAAUGAACCACAAACGAUGCUUAUGCCAAUUCGGGGAUAUGAAAAAAUGCCGUUAGUGUCACUGGAAGAGACAGUUACACCGCUUAUGUCGAUAUUGCCCGAAGUUAAAGAUUAUGCUUUUGUUGCCAAACAAAGAUGUAAACCUGUACCUGCCAAUGGUUUAACACAAGAUCAAUCGGCUUCAAUUAUACUAUAUACAAUGGAAUGGGAGCCGCAUGAAGAAUGUUUAUAUUUUGCUUUAAACGCAACACUUCGUGCUGAAGACAGACGAAAACUAAAACCAUGGUUUUCAUAUUUAAAACUUAUUCUCACAGCACUCAAACAAUUACCCUCCACGAGACAGUCUGUUUAUCGUGGAGUGAAAAUGAAUUUAAUUCAACAAUAUCCACUAGGAAAAACCUUUGUUUGGUGGGGAUUUUCUUCAUGUGCUUCAAAAAUGGGAGUGCUCGAAAAUGAACAAUUUUUGGGCAAAACUGGUGACCGAACAAUGUUUAGCAUUGAUUGUGAAAGUGGUAAAGAUAUUAGUCGCCAUUCUUAUUUCCAAUCGGAAGACGAAAUUCUUCUUCUUCCUGCUCGACAGUUUGAAGUAAUAUCUUGUUUACAACCAGCAGCCGGUCUUAAUAUGAUUCAACUCAAGGAAACUCAAUCUCCAAUUUCUCUUUUACAACCGGUUACAAGUGACUCUCAUCCAAAGGCAUCAUCGCAGAAUAUUGGUAUUAAAACACAACCUGAAACAAUUGCUGUUUCAUCAGUGCAACCAAAAUUAGACAGCGUCAAAAUCGGUUCAAGUAAUUCAACUGUACCAAAACCAAUGGCAAUGCACAAAACUAUAACACAUCAUGCAACAUCAAAAAAUCAAGAAUUCGCCGCACCUGGCACUUGCAAGGAACUAUUUCAUUAUUAUUCAUUUCUCAUGUAA